AUGCCCUCUGUAUUUACUGAACCCCUUCAUAACAUCAUACCCCCUGUAUUUACUGAAUCCCUACAUAACAUCAUGCCCCCUGUAUUUACUGAACCCCUUCAUAACAUCACGCCCCCUGUAUUUACUGAACUCCUACAUAACAUCGUGCCCCCUGUAUUUACUGAACCCCUACAUAACAUCAUGCCCCCUGUAUUUACUGAAUCCCUACAUAACAUCAUACCCUCUGUAUUUACUGAACCCCUACAUAACAUCAUACCCUCUGUAUUUACUGAACCCCUACAUAACAUCGUGCCCCCUGUAUUUACUGAACCCCUACAUAACAUCGUGCCCCCUGUAUUUACUGAACCCCUACAUAACAUCAUACCCUCUGUAUUUACUGAACCCCUACAUAACAUCGUGCCCCCUGUAUUUACUGAACCCCUACAUAACAUCGUGCCCCCUGUAUUUACUGAACCCCUACAUAACAUCAUGCCCCCUGUAUUUACUGAACCCCUUCAUAACAUCAUGCCCCCUGUAUUUACUGAACCCCUACAUAACAUCAUGCCCCCUGUAUUUACUGAACCCCUACAUAACAUCGUGCCCCCUGUAUUUACUGAACCCCUACAUAACAUCAUACCCUCUGUAUUUACUGAACCCCUACAUAACAUCAUGCCCCCUGUAUUUACUGAACCCCUACAUAACAUCGUGCCCCCUGUAUUUACUGAACCCCUACAUAACAUCAUACCCCCUGUAUUUACUGAACCCCUACAUAACAUCGUGCCCCCUGUAUUUACUGAACCCCUUCAUAACAUCGUGCCCCCUGUAUUUACUGAACCCCUACAUAACAUCAUACCCUCUGUAUUUACUGAACCCCUUCAUAACAUCAUGCCCUCUGUAUUUACUGAAUCCCUACAUAACAUCAUGCCCCCUGUAUUUACUGAACCCCUACAUAACAUCAUACCCCCUGUAUUUACUGAACCCCUACAUAACAUCAUACCCUCUGUAUUUACUGAACCCCUACAUAACAUCGCGCCCCCUGUAUUUACUGAACCCCUACAUAACAUCGUGCCCCCUGUAUUUACUGAACCCAUAUUUACCAUCACACCUUCUGUACUCUGUAUAGCAAUAAAUCAUGGCUCCUGCAUUUACGGUAUCAUAUAA